AUGGCCAAUUCUCCCCACGGCGGCGUCCUCAAGGACCUCUUUGCGCGCGACCUCCCCCGCCAGGCUGAGCUUCUCGCCAAGUCCAACACUCUUCCUGCUCUCGUCCUGACUGAGCGCCACCUUUGCGACUUGGAACUCAUUCUCAAUGGCGGUUUCUCUCCUCUCGAGGGCUUCAUGUCCGAGCAGGACUACAAUGGCGUCGUCAAGGACAACCGCCUUGCCAAUGGCCUGCUCUUCAGCAUGCCCAUCACUCUUGAUGUCGACCAAAAGCAGAUUGAUGAGCUUGGCCUUAAGGCUGGUGCGCGUAUUACCCUGCGCGACUCUCGCGAUGACCGCAACCUCGCCAUCCUCACUAUUGACGACAUCUACCGACCCGACAAGGUCAUCGAGGCCAAGAACGUCUUUGGCAGCGACGACGACACCCACCCUGGCAUCAAGCACCUCUUCAGCACCGCCAAGGAAUUCUACGUUGGCGGCAAGCUCGAGGCCGUCAAUCGCCUCGAGCACUACGAUUUCCUCGACCUCCGCUUCACUCCCGCCGAGCUCCGCUCCCACUUCAGCAAGCUCGGCUGGCAGAAGGUCGUUGCUUUCCAGACUCGCAACCCCAUGCACCGUGCUCACCGCGAGUUGACGGUCCGCGCCGCCCGCUCCCAGCAGGCCAAUGUCCUGAUCCACCCCGUCGUUGGAAUGACCAAGCCCGGCGACAUUGACCACUUCACCCGCGUUCGUGUUUACAAGGCUCUCAUCGCUAGAUACCCCAACGGCAUGGCCGCACUCGCCCUGCUUCCCCUAGCUAUGCGUAUGGGCGGCCCCCGCGAGGCCCUUUGGCAUGCCAUCAUUCGCAAGAACCACGGCUCCACCCACUUCAUCGUCGGCCGUGACCACGCCGGUCCCGGUAAGAACAAGAACGGCAAGGACCACUAUGGUCCCUACGAUGCGCAGACUCUUGUUCAGCAGCAUCAGGAAGAGCUCGGUAUUAAGAUGGUCGAGUUCCAGGAGAUGAUUUACAUCCCCGAUCGUGAUGAGUACAUGCCCGCCAACGAGAUUCCCGAGGGCACCCGCACCAUGAACAUUUCCGGUACCGAGCUGCGCAACCGCCUCCGCACCGGCAAGGAGAUUCCUGAGUGGUUCUCCUACCCUGAGGUCGUCAAGGUCCUUCGCGAGCAGAACCCACUUCCCCGCGAGAAGGGAUUCACUGUCUUCAUGACUGGCUACCAGAACUCCGGAAAGGAUCAGAUUGCCCGGGCCCUGCAGACUACUCUCAACCAGGGUGGUGGCCGUCCCGUCUCCAUGCUCCUUGGCGAGACUGUCCGCCAUGAGCUCUCCUCUGAACUUGGCUUCAGCCGUGCCGACCGCGAUCUCAACAUCUCUCGCAUCGCUUAUGUCGCCUCUGAGAUGACUAGAGCCGGUGCUGCCGUCAUUGCUGCUCCCAUUGCUCCCUUCGAGCAGGCCCGCCAGCAGGCUCGCGAGCUUAUUGAGAAAUCUGGUCCCUUCUUCCUCAUCCACGUCGCUACCCCUCUCGAAUACUGCGAAAAGACUGAUCUCCGCGGCAUCUACAAGGCUGCUCGCGCCGGCCAGAUUAAAGGCUUCACCGGCGUUGAUGACCCCUACGAGUUCCCCGCCAAGGCCGACCUUGUUGUCGAUACUGAGAAGCAGAAUGUCCGCUCAAUUGUUCACGAGAUUAUUCUUCUGCUCGAGAGCCGCGGUCUCCUCGACCGCUUUUAA